AAGAGCAGCGGACACUUUCGGGAACCUAAGCCAAACCAUUUUCUUAGAAGAGAAGCAGCAAGAUGCACGCAGCUGCCAACACAAAGGGAGAAGAAGAGGACUCUCUCUGGACGGAUUCUUUUAGGAUGAGAAGACGAGACGCUCGGGCGUGAUCCCGGCCGAAAGGACGGCGGUGGCUCAUGGCCUCCACAUGUGACCACCCCCAUUCGGGUGCCGGCCCGCGGGAGGAUUCUGACCCGGACGGUUCUGACACCGGGAGCGUCCUCUGUGACGACUCGCUGCUUCCUAACAUCGAAAGGCGUGACAAGCCUCCUCAAACGCUGUACGAGGCCUGCGCAGCCAAUGACGCCGUCUCCCUGCGAAGCAUCCUGGAGAAAGGUGUGAGCAAGGACCAGGCCAUGCACUUGGACAUCAACGGCAGGAGCGGACUCAUGGUGGCUGUGAGCAAAGGCUUUGUGGACGUCGUCAGCACGCUGCACGUCUGCCCUCUCAUCGACGUCAACCACCAGGACAACGACGGCAAUUCCGCCCUCAUGAUUGCCGCCCAGGCUGGCUUCACCACCAUUCUGAACUUCAUCCUCAACUACUACUCUGGUGUGGACACUGAGCUCAGAGAUCCUCGUGGCUUUACCGCCCUCAUGAAGGCGGGCCUGCAGGGCCGGGAGGACUGCGUGUCGACCCUGCUCAUGCACGGUGCCGAUAUGAAUGCAAGAGACCACGUUCAAGCCGAUGCGUUGAAGGACUGGGUCUUGAAGACGGGACGAUUUGAGACAUUGAGCAGAAUACGCCGUCUGCAAGCUCGUCCUGUGGCCGAGCAGUUUUGUGAACGCUACGCACCCGAGUGGCCGCAACUCCGAGAGCUGGUGGCCAAGGCCACCGGCAGCAAAAGCACGGGCAGAAAACUGCGCCAGAUCAUCAAGAAGAACUUGACUUUCAGCAUCCCGCAUGACCCCCAAGACAACGGGGUCAUGGACCACAUGGUGCGUAUGACCACCGGCAUCCGGAGCCCCCUGGUGGCCACCGCUUGCCAUCCGCUGUGUCCCAGCAGCCCCCCGCAAAUUGGCAAGCGGGAUUUUGCUCUUCCCGAGCUACUUGAAGAGCACAGCAGCGCGGAGCUGGAGGAACGCAACGUGUCUCACAGCAAGGGCCCCCUCGCCUCCGCCGCCUCGGUACGCCUGAGCUCCCGCUGCCAGGAGGCGGAGCGCGGGGAGAGCGCACCACCAGGGGCCGUGAGAGGCUUUAUUCCCCGCAGCGUGGCGCGUAGGAACAGCAUCUUCCCCACCGGCUGCACCCCCAAAAUUGAAGUGACUAAAUCUGGGGAGCCUACUCCUAAAACGGAGAAGAAGAAGAAGAAUCAGCAGAAUGGCUACCUGGAGCUUCCCGUGUGGAGGUACAAAGAGAAGAAUAAAAAGGAGACGCAAAAGGAAAUGGAGCAAGAGAGAAUAUCCGAGGGCUCCGAAAAUAUAGACAAAACAUGACCCAAACUGGAAGUUUCCACAGAAACAGAGAAAAUGUAAA